AUGUCUGGAGCGCCGUCUCGUAUCCGUUCGGUCUUGGGCCACCUCUUGCCUGGUGCGGGAUCCGCUACAUCAACUCCUCCUCCUCCUCCUCCUCCUCACAUCCACCACCUAUCGCCUACAUUCUUCCUCGAGCGUGCAGCCUCCAUUGAGCCCAAUGCAGAUGCCGUCUUCCAUAUCACAGCCAACGGCGUGCCGCUUCGCCGCUCAUACCAGCAGCUUGCUGACCGUGUCCGCGGCCUGGCCUACUACCUAAAAUCCCACGGCUACAAACGCGUGGGCGUUCUGGCGCCCAACACACCCGCCUUCCUCGAGGCCAUCUACGGAGUCGUAGCUGCGGGUGGUGUGAUAGUCCCCGCGAACUACCGCCUCGUGGCCAACGAUAUCAACUACGUCUUUGAUUUUGCAGAGGUAGACUACGUCAUUGUCGACCAUGAGUAUGCCCACUUGCUCGAACUUUUUGCCAAGGAACACCCCAAUGUGCCACUUCUAGUCGACAAGGACACCGAUGCCGAUGAAGGGCCCUACGACAAGGCCAUCCUCGACGGUAUCGCGUACGAUGCUUCACAUGGUGGAAAGGGCUGGACCGGUCUGCACUCACGCUCAGAGAACGAGGACGACAUGUUGGCCAUUCCAUUUACAUCUGGAACCACCUCGCGUCCCAAGGGCGUCGUGUACACUCACCGCGGUGCCUAUCUUGCUGCUCUGGGGAACGUUGUCGAGUCUAACCUUAGUUCCGGCCAUUGUAGAUAUCUAUGGACACUGCCUAUGCAAGCAUUCCCAUUUCGUCUGUUUCACGCAAUCGGCUGGACUUUCCCAUGGGCUGUCGUUGCUGUCCGUGGCCUCAACGUGUGUUUACGAAAGAUUGACUACCCGCUCAUUUGGAAGCUCCUCAAGCAAGAAAGAAUCACACACUUCAAUGCCGCCCCGACUGUCAACACUCUUCUUGUGGCUGCCAAAGAAGCCGAGCGGCUACCGGAACCGGUCAAGGUCACGGUAGCGGCCAGUCCGCCAUCUGGCCAUCUCUUUGAAAGGAUGGCAAGCCUCAACCUCAUCCCCGUACACGUCUACGGAUUGACCGAAACAUAUGGGCCCACAACCAAGUCCUACCAUAUGCCUGACUGGGACGACCUCUCCCCUCAGGAAAAGUAUGCCAAGAUGGCCCGACAAGGUCACGGUUUCAUCACCAGCAUGUCCAUCCGCGUCGUGAAGCCCGAUAUGCCAAAUGGCGAGCUGGUUGACGUGGCUAAGGAUGGGGUCGAGGUAGGGGAGAUCAUCUUUACGGGAAACAUCUGCGCAAAGGGUUAUUACAAGGACGAGGAGGCCACACGCAGACUCUUUGCCGGCGGCAGCCUGCACUCGGGUGACCUGGCCGUAUGGCACCCGGAUGGCAGUGCACAGAUCUUCGACCGCGCAAAAGACAUCAUCAUCUCUGGUGGUGAGAACAUCUCCUCGGUAGCUCUCGAGUCCAUGCUCGCCGAGCACGAUGACUUGGUAGAGGUCGGUGUCGUCUCGGUCCCCGACGAGCACUGGGGGGAGCGACCCAAGGCGUACGUCACGGUCAGGGAAGGUCGAACGGUCAAGGGGGAGGAUAUCAUUCAGUGGGCGAGGAAUGACAGCCGUAUCAGUCGUUUCAUGGUACCCCGCGAUGUUGAGAUACUCGAGGAGCUGCCCAAGACGAGUACGGGCAAAAUUGAGAAGAAGAAGCUGCGCGGGCGAGAUGGCACAGUGUAG